AUGAUCUUCUUUAUACUUGUGUUAUUUUCGAAAAGUUAUUCGGUUUUUAGUCAGUGCCCGACCAGCCAAUUGAUAGACGCUGCAUAUUUCAGCAAUGAAAUCCCAAGGCUUAGAAAAAUGCUCGGAGGUCAUACAGAUGUAGAUAUUAUCUUUCCUAUGUUCAAAGAAGGCUCCCCACUUGGGAAUGUAGUAAUUCAAUGUACCUGUGACUUGGAGUGCCAUGAUUUUGAUUCGUUUUUUACUAGAGCAUGCAGAUGGCACAAUGAGAAAAAUGGGUGUUACGGUACGGGGGAUGAGUUGGAUUUCAUCAGAAUGCGUGGAGCAUGGGGACAUGCCGGAGAGAGUGUGUUCAUGACUAGUGAUAAACCGGAUGGAUUUUUCCUACUUGUCGGUGUGCAGAAGAAACUGCCAGAAAUGUAUUCUGCAAUGUUGGUUAGUGACCCGAUACAAUGUCAGCAAGGAGAUGGAAUUGUUCGCUUCCGACAUUGGACCUCUCCAGGUGUCAAAAUUAGAGUUUGUACACGACCACCUUCCAUGAGACGUCGUUAUUCAUGGUGCAGUGAGAGUGUGAAACGAAAACCUGGGAAAUCGGCGGUAGUAGUUAUCCCUGGGAGUAUUCUCACCAUGUUUGAGAUAGUUAUAGAAGCGUAUGGGUUCACUCUUGACGCAUUCGGUGUGCAAGGUGGAGCAGCCGCCAUUGAUGAUAUCUCGUAUAACACAACGGCUAUUUACCAAUGCGAAAUGAUUCCCCAUAUUCCUAAACUGAGAAAUGUCACAAAAUCAGUUUGCAACUCUAUGAAGUGUGACUUUGAUUCCGGUGACUGUUUGAAAAAAUUGAGCAAAAAAUGGGAAGUGACAGAUGAGGCGGUUGGACCAAGACCAACUGGAAUUUCGAAGCCACUGGAAGGAGAUUUCGGCUAUGUUCAAGGUCCUGGAGACGCAACGCUGUCUCUAGGAAAACUUUUGAUACCACGAACAUAUGGCUUACAGUUUUGUUAUUUUUCGGAGUCUAUUGGCACGGAUUUUGAGGUUGCUUUGAGACCAGAAGAAUCGAAUGAGAAAUUAGUAUUGUACAACGUCACUUCGGUUGACCGAUUUUCUCAAGAAUGGCAAUGCAAACGAGUUUUCCUGUCCGUCAAUGGAACCAUUGACUUCUCCGUGAGAAACCUUCGUAAUAAGUUUUCGUUUUUUGGACUCGACCAGAUUGACUUAUUUGAUCCUAUGACCAGCAUGUCGGCUUGCGAUUUCUAA